GUAAGGAGCUGCAGCAGAAGGACAAGAUCAUCGAGUCUCUCCGCACCAAACUAAACCAGCAUCACCAUCAUCAUCCUCAUCGCUCCGACACGCCCUGCAGCAGCCAUGCGCUCUCUGACACCACUGACCAAUCAGAUCGUAUCUCCUAUGUGUCUGAUGAGCAUGGAUCCACCAACGAGGACCUGGAGCUUUGCUCUGAUGUGGACGCUGCCAGCGAGCUCGGUCAGAAGGAAACACGAACUUCCACCAGACUCAGCACAGAUUGCCGCUCUCACAGUGGCUCCAUGUCACGUCACCCGUCUGUCCCUCCAUCCAUCACCUCAUCCCACAGAUCCCAGUCGUGCCUCAGCUGUCCCAGCAUGCAAUGCCCGAGCUCACCACACAAACCCAUAGACGUGCAGAGUCAGACAGCUCCAGCCUCAGUCCUCACCUCCACCCCCUUCCACCCUCCCCUCUCCUCCUCCACCCAGAGGGUUCCUUUGCCCUUCCAAGCCCACCCCGCACCCCUGAGAACCCGCUACCAAGACAGCGGGGGCGUGGGUUUCUCCCUGGCUGACGUGCAUCAGGAGCUGCAGAUGUUACAAAGGCAGCUGGCAGACAAUGAGAGGUUUUCCGCGCCUCAGUCCAAACCUCUUCAGGGUUUCCCCUUUUCCCACCAGCAGCCCGACUCCUCUGCCUUCCUGCCUCUCUCCUACCACGGAUACCAGCCUUCUCCUUUCAGCAGCGCUACCAGCAGCUGCCUGGAUGCCAGCUCAGCAAUGAAAGCUGGGGCCAGUCUUCUGGAGAGCAGUGCAUUGUGGGAUAUGGCCUAUGGCACCCGACCACUGAGACUUGGAGCCGACCUGUCUUCAGGAUCCUCGGGGUACCAGUCGGGCGCCAGCAACACAGGUUCAGACCUGAUGAAGGAGCACCUGCGAGAGAUCAGGACUCUGAGACAGAGACUGGAGGACUCGAUCCAGACCAACGAUCGCCUCAGACAACAACUAGAAGAGCGACUGGCCCGCACCGCCUCGGAGAAAGGUGCUCCUACCAACAUCUACAUCCAGGGUCUGGACUCAGUCGGCCAGCUCUCCAGUGAGAUCAGACUUCUGAAGGAGGAGAACGUCAGCCUGCAGAACCAGCUGAAGCAGGCCACCAGAGAGGGCAGUAAGGAGGCAGAGCAGCUGAGGGAGGCGGCUCUCCUGGAGCAGGCCAGGUUGAAAGAGGCGGAGCUAGAGGCUGAGAGGUGGGCGGAGCAAAGCAGGAAGCUGCAAACUGAGGCUGAAGCGCUCAACCAAGAGAUUGCACAAUUGAAACAGGACAGACAGAGGAACCAGGAAACCAUCAACAGAUUCCAGCAUGAGGUGAGCAUCCUCCAGCAGCAGCUAUGUGAGAGCCACAGUCUGGUCCAAUCUCUUCAGCGUGAGCUGCAGGUGUAUCACAGAGUGUGUGGAGUCACCACAAACACACACUCAGGUCAGUCCAGUGAAGGUACCCAACACACUGCAACCUUUGACCCCAGAGAGUUGCACAUUCAGCUGGAGCAGCAGCUGAGUGGACAGACUGGCCCACUGCCUCGGUCCAGGAGGCAGCUCUUCAAUGACGACGUUCCCUCCCCUCCCGUGAGAGACACUGGACUCGUCAGUCCUUCCUCUCCUCUACAUCCUGCACAGAAACAUGCAGAAGACACCGGAGCAUCCGAUCGAGCCUCGACCCUGCAGGGUCAAGCCCCAGACGGCUCUUUCUCCAACCGUCAUGGCCGCCAUGCAGUGGGCCACAUUGACGACUUCAAGGCUCUGCAGCGGCAGAUCCUGGAGGGCAGCGCUCUCCUCCGCAAGAUGGAUGCCACCCUUCAUUCCCUGAGCAACCCACCGGAGUUCAGCCUUCAUCAGCCUUCAGACUCCGGUUCUGUCAGGAAGCUGCUGUCUGACAGUAAAACCCUGCGGCAGAUCCUGGAGGAGGCCGGCUCUCUGCUCCGGAUGUUCUGGAGAGCAGCUCUGCCAAACUUCGAGGAAUCCAAACAGGAUCCGUCUCUGAGGGAGGAGGUCGUUUCUCUCCGUCUGAGGCUCUCAGAGCAAGAACAGGCUCUCAAGGAUGCCAUGGAGAGAGUGAAGAGCUCCAACCGCACCAAAGAUAGCAUGGAGCACUUUAUAGUCAGCCAGCUGUCGAGAACACAGGACGUCUUGAGGAAAGCCAAGACGAACUUACAG